AUGAAGACGGAGAGCGGCGGGCAGGCGGCGCCGUUCAGCGGGAGGAGGCAGAGCCUGAUCGGGGAUGCUCGCCGGGAGCGCAGCAGCGGCUCCGCGGGCUCCCCGGGGCCCCCGGGCCCCUCCAGGUACGGAGACAGCUUCGUGUUCGAGGAGAAGGACGGCAGGGUCACGCUCAGCGUCCUCUUCACGCUCAGCAACGAGAAGAACGCAGGAUUCUUCAAAACUGGGAAAAUAUUCGAGACGUUUGAAGCAAAACUUCUCCACAUCGAAAGCCGGCCGGGGAGGAAGUCGAAGAACAGCACGACGGACCUGGAGUUCUUCAUGAAGUGUGAAGUUCACAGCUCUGACCUGGACGUCUUCAUCAACUCGCUGAAGAGAGUGGUUGACGACGUUCGCUCCAUACCAGAGGAAAAAGUUCCCUGGUUCCCCCGACAGAUAAAAGACCUCGACAGAUGCAACAUGUUAAUAACCAAAUUCGAUCCGGACAUGGACCAGGAUCAUCCAGGAUACAGCGAUCCAGAAUACAGGAAGAGACGGGCGUUCAUCUCUGAGCUUGCCUUCAGAUACAAACAGGGGGACCAGCUGCCCACUGUGGAGUACACACCAGAAGAAGUAUCCACAUGGAAGGAGGUGUACCUGCAGCUGCGGAGUAUUUACCCGAGUCUGGCCUGCAGGCAGUUCAUGGACGGGCUGCAGCAGCUGGAGAAAGAGUGCGGCUACGGAGAUGACUGCAUCCCUCAGCUCAGAGAGGUCUCUGCCUUCCUGAAAGAGAGAACUGGUUUCCAGCUGCGUCCAGUGGCCGGCCUGCUGUCAGCCAGAGACUUCCUCACCAGUUUGGCCUUCAGGGUGUUUCAGUGCACACAGUACAUCCGCCACCCCUCAGCGCCCAUGCACUCCCCUGAGCCAGACUGCUGCCAUGAGCUGCUCGGCCAUAUUCCCAUGCUGGCAGAUAAAGAGUUCGCCCAGUUUUCACAGGAGAUUGGACUUGCCUCGCUUGGAGCUUCAGAUGAAGACAUUGAGAAACUGUCAACGUUAUAUUGGUUCACUGUGGAGUUUGGCCUCUGCAAGCAGAACGGAUCAGUGAAGGCUUACGGCGCCGGCCUCCUGUCGUCGUACGGAGAGCUUGUUUACGCUCUGUCCAAUGAGCCGGAGUACAAGCCGUUCGACCCGGAGGAGACCGCAGUGCAGCCGUACCAGGACCAAACCUACCAGCCCGUUUACUUUGUGUCGGAGAGCUUCGAGGACGCGAAGGCUAAGCUCAGGAGAUACUCUGCAACCAUCAAGCGUCCCUUCGCAGUUCGCUACGACCCCUUCACCUGCAGCAUGGAGGUUCUGGAUCAGCCCAGCAAGAUCCAGAACGCCCUGAGCCAGAUCAGAGAAGACCUGAAGAACCUGCACAGCGCGUUGGAGAACUUCAGCUCAUCCUAAGAGCGGUGAACAGAAGAAGAAGAAGGUCAUGCAGAGAGUGAAAAGGACAUUUGGCCUUUGUAAAUAUUUUAUACAAGAUCAUGAACAAAAUCAUAAAGUAGUCAGGUGUGUGAGGCUUGUUUUUGUGCAUUGUGUAAAAAUAAAUAAAUGUUUAUUUUCAUGAA